AUGCACCGCUCAGGUGAAACCCACUACAAUUGCCCAACCCGGGAUACAUCUCCAGUGCUCCAGAAAUCAAGGGCUAUGGCUGAUGCCAUUUCUCUCCCGCCGGCCAUUUUUACGGAUUCGGUGAUGGAGAUAAGGCAUACCAUCCAUCAAAUAUGGAAAAUACCGCGCAAGGCACACACUGGUAGCGAGAACUGGGGCUUUUUCCCUUCAGAAGUUCGGCAAACUUGA